AUGGCGGGCGGCGCGGGCUGGGCCGGGGCCCCCGCGGCUCUGCUGCGCUCCGUGCGCCGCCUGCGCGAGGUGUUCGAGGUGUGCGGCCGCGACCCUGACGGCUUCCUGCGCGUGGAGCGCGUCGCGGCGCUCGGACUGCGCUUCGGCCAGGGCGAGGAGGUGGAAAAACUUGUGAAGUAUUUGGAUCCGAAUGACCUGGGGAGAAUCAACUUCAAGGACUUUUGCCGUGGGGUGUUUGCCAUGAAAGGGUGUGAGGAGCUACUGAAGGAUGUGCUGUCCAUGGAGAGCGCAGGGACCCUGCCAUGUGCACCAGAAAUUCCCGACUGCAUGGAGCAGGGCAGUGACUUUUCUGGCUCUACCUUUGUUGAUGGCGAGCUCAUCCCCAGGGAACCUGGCUUCUUUCCUGAGGACGAAGAGGAGGAUAUGACACUGGCCCCACCUGAGGGCCCCCAAGAGUCAGACAUGGACAGCCCCAUGGAGGGCACCCAGAGCCUGGAGGGCUCUGUUGGGAGUCCUGCUGAGGAGAAGGAGCGGGGCCUUGGGGGCCUAUUUCUGCCAGAGGAUAAGUCAUUGGUCCACACUCCAUCCAUGACAACGUCAGACCUCUCCACCCACUCCACUGCCUCACUCAUCAGCAAUGAGGAGCAGUUUGAAGACUAUGGGGAGGGGGACGAUGUGGACUGUGCCCCCAGCAGCCCCUGCCCCGAUGAUGAGACCAGGACAAACGUCUACUCAGACCUGGGGUCUUCAGUGUCUUCCAGUGCGGGGCAGACCCCAAGAAAGAUGCGGCACACUUUCAACAGUGAGCUGCUGGACGUGUACUGCUCUCAGUGUUGCAAAAAGAUCAACCUGCUGAAUGACUUGGAAGCCCGGCUGAAAAACCUGAAGGCCAACAGCCCCAACCGGAAGAUUUCAAGCACGGCCUUUGGACGGCAGCUCAUGCACAACAGUAACUUGAGCAGCAGUAACGGCAGCACGGAAGAUCUGUUCCGGGACAGCAUCGACUCUUGUGACAAUGACAUCACAGAGAAGGUGAGCUUCCUGGAAAAAAAGGUGACAGAGCUGGAGAAUGACAGCUUGACAAAUGGGGACCUGAAAAGCAAGCUGAAGCAGGAGAAUACGCAGCUGGUGCACAGGGUUCACGAGCUGGAGGAAAUGGUGAAGGAUCAGGAGACCACUGCAGAGCAGGCCUUGGAGGAGGAGGCUAGGCGACACCGGGAGGCCUACAGCAAGCUAGAGCGGGAGAAGAGCACUGAGCUGGAACUGCUCAACACCAGGGUACAGCAAUUAGAAGAAGAAAAUACCGAGCUUAGAACCACAGUGACACGACUCAAAUCACAGACUGAGAAACUGGAUGAGGAGCGGCAGCGCAUGUCCGACCGGCUGGAAGACACCAGCUUGCGGCUCAAGGACGAGAUGGACCUGUACAAGCGCAUGAUGGACAAGCUGCGGCAGAACCGCCUUGAGUUCCAGAAGGAGCGGGAGGCGACUCAGGAGCUUAUUGAGGACUUGCGUAAGGAGCUGGAGCACCUGCAGAUGUACAAGCUGGACUGUGAGCGGCCAGGCAGAGGCCGCAGCUCGUCAUCCAGCCUGGGCGAGUUCAAUGCCAGAGCCCGUGAGGUAGAACUCGAGCAUGAGGUCAAGCGGCUGAAGCAGGAGAAUCAUAAGCUGCGGGAUCAGAAUGAUGACUUGAAUGGACAGAUCCUCAGCCUGAGCCUCUACGAAGCAAAGAACCUCUUUGCUACAACCAAAGCCCAGUCUCUAGCUGCGGAAAUCGACACAGCUUCUCGUGAUGAGCUGAUGGAAGCCCUGAAGGAGCAGGAAGAGAUCAACUUCCGGCUGAGGCAGUAUAUGGACAAGAUUAUCCUGGCUAUCCUGGACCACAACCCCUCCAUCCUGGAGAUCAAACACUGA